AUGGUGGAGGAAGACCCACAAAAUCACGCGAUGCGGACAGCUCUACAAAAUCCGGUUCUCCUUCAGCAAAUACUUCAAUAUCUCCCUCGCUCCGGACCAACAUUACGACUCGUUUCCCACUUCUGGAACGACCUCACACUUUCCCUUCCCAGUCCAAUAUUGACCCUUCGCCCCGACCACGGGAAUCAUUGCUGCAAUGCGACCCCAUUUCACCUAUUUUGUAUCAAAAUGGAACCCAGACUUGCCCGAAGUAUAUCUGAACAUGCCGUUACAGAUUAUUGUGCCCACUCGUCUGGUAGACUUACAGCUUCCGGUGUGUCUAAAUUGCUCCACGUUUCCGGUCAGUUCGGUCGCUUCAUAGAAAACUUUUCAGUAACCUGUGAGGAUGAGGGCUACAUCGCCACCUUGUACGAAAUCCUGCAAAACUGCUGCCCAAAUUUGAAACGACUGAAAAUCACUUUCAUGACGACGGGAAUGGCAAAUUCGGAUGAAGAAUCGAACAAUUAUGCAGAUUCACGUCCAUGUACAUUGGAUAAGUUGACUUCAAUAACAAUUCAAGACGUCACUGAUUACCCGAGCGUCUCCAAGGUGACACAGUGGAUCCUUAAUUCUGCCCCGAACCUGACCCAUCUCUCCUACGAGGGUGACCGGGUUCCAGAUUUAGGGAAGAAUGGGUCAAUCAAACGGCUCAAAUUGGAGAUGGAUUGUGGGGGAGUAUCAGAAAUCCAGGGUGCUAAUUACAUCCGUGGCCCUGGACCAGGUUAA